AUGUCCUUGCCCGACCUCGAUGACCAUCUCCCACCAGUCGCUCCACUCAGGAAGGCCGCUCCACCGCCCACUCAACCCAACCCAUCCCAGGUACCUGUCGUCACACCCCCUGAUGACACUAUGGAGGAGAUGGACACUGCACCAGCUGCCAGUCAGGACCCGGAGGAUGACGAGUACAUAGGACCUGAUGGGGUUAGUGGAUACCAGCACGUGGUCCUCCUGGCCAAGAGUCUGCUGAGGCUGCUGGAGGGGCCAUGGAUCUCUAAUAGGCAAAUAGAGGAGAUCAUGGCUCUCUGUGGAAAUCUUCCGGAGAGAGACAAGGCGGCAGUCUCCUACCCCGAGAGGUUCCGGGACCGAGUCCUGCAGGGAGCUUCAACAAUUCAAAGAGCUCAACCCUCCCUGCUUGGCCAAGGCUCUGGACCUGCUCAGUGGCCCAACACCAGCAGGACAGUGGAGGCCAUUUUUGUGGAGCUGUGCCACAAACACCCUGCUGGCAAGACGGUUCUUGGUAACCGGGUCAACAGGUGGGCUGCUAUCCUGGGGGACUACAGGAGAAUCAGGACCAUGGUGCUGGGCAGCCCAAACCUCAAUACCCACACAAGGCUGCAACUGUUCCAGGUCAACAAGCUGACCUUGACACAGUGGUACAACAAAUGGAUAUCUUCUAUGGAGAGAGUGGCCCUGCACCAGAACCGUGACAGCAUGACUGCAGAGAGGGAGGAGUCAGGCCCCUUCCACACUGCAGUCUGGAGCACUUCACCGCUGCCAGCCCCAUCAACCAGCAGCACCUACCAGCUGCCAGAGGACAGAACGGGGCAGGCUACACAGCGUGGCAGAGCAGACACUUGUCAGCCACUGCCACCUCUACCGCCACCCAGUCUGCCUACCACCUCCCUUCCUAUAACGCCAGUCUCCCAAGACCUGCCCUCGACCUCCACUCCUCUUCCCCCUCCUGCUGCUGGUGGACCCAAGGUCUCCAGGACCACUGAAUGGAGAAGGAAGAAGAAGCUGGAGUCUGGCAUUAAAGUCAGAGCGCACAAGCCAUACGAAGGCUAUAAGUGCUCUAAAUGUGGCAAGCCGAAAACUGCAGAGUUUGGACACAGUAUGUAUGAUUCUGUGAGAUUCUGUGCCGCUACCUCUGGUGGCCAAACUGUGGAGGAGUGGCUGGCACUCAUGAGGGCCCAGCAUGGUGCUAGCCAAGGCCAGUAAACUCUGACUGACUGACUGAUUGGUGUGUCAAUUGUAAAGUAGUUUUUGUAGAUGUUCUUUGUUGUUUGUUUAUUUUUUAAAACAUUCAUUGUUAAUCUCUUGUACAUUUAGCUCAUUUCAAAUCAUCUUAACUUGUACAGUAGGUGUAGGGGACAUUAUGCUUGUUUUUUUCACAUGUGACAUUCCUUGUGAAAUAAAUAAUAAUUGAA